UUUGGAUUCGGCCGAAUCGAAUCGGGACCGUGAUCCAAAUCAACGAAUUGAAUCGCUGUCCUCCGAAUCAGCUGGAAUCCAAAUCAAAUACAGCCUGCUUUGCACACCCCUAGCAGUUACGUAUAGAGAUCUGGCAGCUCAGAGCAAAGUGAUUAACUAUACUGCCAACCACCGCAGACAUUUGAAAAUCAUGAAUUGGGUCUCAAAAUAUCAUUACCUUAAAAAUCAUGAGAUUUUUAAUAAAACUGACUAUUUGGCUUCUGCAUUUCCUCCAUAACUAUAAGGGUUAGAGACAAAGAGCUGAGGUUCUUGUGCAGUUUCCUUAAUUCCAACAGUUAAGAGUUUUAGGAAAAACAAAUAUGACCUCCAUUUUAUCAGAAAGCUGUGUUGAGACUGUUCCUGAAAAUGCCCAGAGAGAUGCUGUCAACUGGUAUUUGUUUUGAAAUGUGAAUUAUUUUGGCAAGUUUUACAAAAUGUAAUAAUGGAUAGAAAACUUCCUAUGAACUUAAAGAAAACUGAGAAAAGAAAACUCGUUUCUGUGUCCAUUCUAAACUUCUCUCUGUAGAACUGUAAAACAAAGCCACCACUUUGUGUGGGUGCAUAAAGAUCAUAGUAUCAUAGUACUUAUGGUCGGAAGGGACCUAAACAGAUCAUCAGGUCCAACCCCCUGCCCUGGGCAGGUACGGGUACCAGGAUCAUAUCACUCCAGCCAAAUAUCUGUCCAAGAUGGAGACUAGCAUUAUAUUUGAAGUCUUAAUACAUGCACAAUUUUUUUCUGUGGUAUUACUUUUGAGAAUGCAGUCAUAGGAAUUCCUUACAGGAUGUAAAAUUAAAUCCAUGUAUAAGUCUCCAUGGAAUUGGGGCCGUGAUGGAAAUAAAUUGUAGACCAGAGGUUCCCAAACUUUUUCUUAUUGCGUACCCCCUUCCAGAUUUACCAGCUGUCCGCAUAUCCCUUCCAGCAUGUUUUAUAUUUUAGCCUCUUAAGUACUAAUUACUAGUAUAAGGAGAAUUAAAUCCUCCAUCGCACAAUUUCUCCUGCAUACCCCGCAGAGAUGUCUUGCAUAUCCCUAGCAGUAUGUGUAGCACAGUUUGGGAAACCCUGGUGUAAAGAAAAGAAAGAACUGCUAUUUGAUUUUCAGAUGGAUGUGUGUCUUGGAUUCAGACUGUUGUUGGCUGUGCUAUAUUAAACAGAUGUAACUUUAUUAUAAACACAUGUUUUGGUAUCAGAGGAGGCACUGGUCACUAGUAUGCAGCUGAUUUUUUUUUUUGAUAGCUGCACUGGUAAGGGCUACAGAAUAAACCUUUAUUCUGUUUUUUAAGUCUGGGUAAAUUACCUUGUUGGCACUGAUUGAUACAGAGAUAAAUUGAAACAAUAAUACAGCUCAAAACCAUGUAAUUCUGUAUACAACGCAUGGGAGAAGGCAAGGUGAUGACAGCUUACUUUAUUUGUAUUAAUAUGUUACCCAUACUUAACAUAUGUGUAUUUGUUUUGGCAGUUAUGUUGUUUUUUUAGUUAUACCGGAGUUAAACUAUUCAUUUGCAUAAAUCCAGGUUAGGGUGACACAGCUUUGCUAUGAACAAGUAUUUAGUUGGUUAAUUUUCUGUUUUAGUAAUUGAAAUAUGCUGAUUUUUCUUCCUCGUCUAGCUGUAAAAGAUCCCACAGCUGUAGAAAGAGCGAAUUUGCUGAACAUGGCUAAAUUGAGUAUCAAAGGACUGAUUGAAUCAGCUUUGAGCUUUGGUCGGACUCUGGAUUCUGACUAUCCGCCUUUGCAACAGUUCUUUGUUGUCAUGGAGCAUUGCCUAAAACAUGGUCUUAAAGUAAGAAAAUCCUUUCUAAGUUAUAAUAAAACUAUUUGGGGCCCUCUGGAACUUGUGGAGAAGUUGUACCCAGAAGCUGAGGAAAUAGCAGCUAGCGUCAGAGAUUUACCUGGCCUCAAAACACCAUUGGGCCGUGCCAGGGCAUGGUUACGAUUGGCUCUAAUGCAAAAAAAAAUGGCUGAUUAUCUACGUUGUCUGAUCAUUCAAAGAGAUCUCCUCAGUGAAUUUUAUGAGUACCAUGCACUAAUGAUGGAGGAAGAAGGAGCUGUUAUUGUUGGACUCUUGGUUGGGUUAAAUGUGAUAGAUGCUAAUCUGUGUGUAAAAGGAGAAGACUUGGAUUCACAAGUUGGUGUGAUUGAUUUCUCUAUGUAUUUAAAGAAUGAUGAUGAUAUUGGCAGUAAAGAAAGAAAUGUACAGAUUUCUGCAAUUUUGGACCAAAAGAAUUAUGUUGAGGAACUAAAUCGACAACUAAAUAGCACGGUCAGCAGUCUUCAUGCAAGAGUGGAUUCAUUAGAGAAGUCGAACACUAAACUUAUUGAAGAGUUAGCAAUAGCCAAAAACAAUAUUAUUAAACUUCAGGAAGAAAAUCAUCAGCUAAGAAGUGAAAAUGCACUUAUUUUAAUGAAAACACAGCAUCAUCUAGAGGCAACUAAAGUGGAUGUGGAGGCAGAGCUUCAAACGUACAAACAUUCCAGGCAAGGGCUGGAUGAAAUGUACAAUGAAGCACGCAGACAACUUCGAGAAGAAUCUCAACUACGACAAGAUAUAGAGAAUGAGCUAAUGGUUCAAGUUAGUAUGAAGCAUGAGAUAGAACUUGCAAUGAAGUUGCUGGAGAAAGACAUUCAUGAGAAACAAGAUACCCUGAUAGGCCUCCGACAACAGCUAGAUGAAGUUAAAGCAAUUAACAUGGAAAUGUACCAAAAAUUGCAGGUUUCUGAAGAUGCCAUGAAAGAAAAGAAUGAAAUAAUUGGUCGAUUAGAGGAUAAGACCAAUCAAAUUACUGCAACUAUGAAACAGCUUGAACAAAGAUUGCAGCAAGCAGAGAAGGCUCAAAUGGAAGCUGAGAAUGAGGAUGAGAAAUUUAAACAAGAAUGUAAGAAUAAAUCUGAAAGCCUUCAGAAAGAAAUCUCUCAAAAGGAAAAGCAACUGAUUCAACUGGAAACAGAUUUGAAGAUAGAAAAGGAAUGGAGACAAGCAUUGGAAGAUGAUUUUCAAAAGGAAAAAAAAAGAGUCUCUCAUCUUAGAAUAGAGACACAGCAAAUAACUAGCCUUAAAAAAGAAUUCCUUGAACUACAGGACAAAAACCGACAGUUGAAAAAGUUAUGUCAGGAUCAAGAAGCAGCCCUCCAAGAACUUGCCUACAAGCUUAGCGAAGCCAAGCUUAAAAUAGAAGAUAUAAAAGAAGCCAACAAAGCAUUGCAGGGGCAAGUUUGGCUGAAAGAUAAAGAAGCAACACAUUGCAAAUUAUGUGAAACAGAAUUUUCUCUUUCCAAAAGGAAGCAUCACUGUAGAAACUGUGGUGAAAUUUUCUGUAACGCCUGCUCUGACAAUGAGCUGCCUUUGCCGUCCUCGCCAAAGCCUGUCCGAGUCUGUGAUUCCUGUCAUGCAUUACUUAUACAGAGGUGCUCUUCCAACCUUCCAUAAAAUUCCUUUACAAAAUGCUUCUGAAAUUUUGCUGCUUGACAAAUCAUGUAAAAAGAUCUAAUGUAAAGUAUUUUUGUGUGUGCUCCUGGAAUUCAGAUGAGCGGUCCAGUUUGGGGUUUUCAAAGCCUAUGAACAAUGGUGUUAAAUAGCCAUUUCUAGUUGAAGCUGAUUGGGAAAUGAGUGCCGAACACCCUGAGACUCCUUUAAAGAACCCAUAUUUAGAAUUAGAUUCUAAUACUUGACCCUAACAGGCUGCUUAGGAAGGAAAGCUUAGAUAUAGUUUUAGUGUAAAGAGUAUUUCAUAUUGAAGCUUUCCUUCAGCAGCUCCGUUUCUUACCAAAGUAUAGACAAUAGAAUUUUAUUUUGAAUAACUAAUUCAAAUUACAUCACAAAUUAAACCAUUUUGGUAAUAUAUUUUAAAAAUCCAGUUUGAUUUAAUUAUUAGCCUUGAGUAUUUUGCACAGUUCAUGUUUUUAGUUAGUUAGUUAUUUUUAAAAUGCUGGGCUAAGUUAUGUGCCAUAUGUCUAAUAGCCAAAACUACACUCAGAUAUAUGCAGUCAAUGGGAAUUGCAUACAUAUGUCUAGGGGAAGAAAUUACAAAUUUCGAUUAUUCAUUAGCCUCAAUUAUUUAUUUACAUGGUUCAUAUUUUUAUCUAAUUUUUCAUUUUUAAAAAGCUUCUAAUAGCCAAAAUUAUAUUCAGAUGCAUGAAAGGAACUCUCAGCAAAGUGCAUAAGAGAUGCACAUGUAUAUCUGGUGGCAAAAUUAUAGAUUAUUCAUAAGUCUACAUUACUUGUUUGCCAUGUUGCAUUAGAGAGAAAAAUCAGGCCUGCAAACAUGCAACACUACAUUUAAUUUCUUAGUAAUGCAGCUCUUCUAAUAAGUAUGUUUAAGCUACAGAUUUCUGAGACAAACAGAACAGUUACAUCAUAUUGAAAAAUCAUCACCUUAAGUUUAAUGUGUUCAUACAUGUGAACUGCAUUUUUGUUUUGUACUUGCUUAGACAUAUAUUUUUUCUUUUCUUAAUGGUUACAGGCUAUCACAAAGAUUUGUUUACUUUUAAUUAUUCAGUGGAAAAUGUAAGAAUCCAGAACUUUUUAGCAGCAUUCCAUCUGUUUUUAACAUUCCAGCAUCUAGUAUACAUUAUAUAUUAAUUCAUUAACACAGUAUUAUGCCUCUAAAUAACAUCCUGCUGUUCCUGUUAUCGUGACAAUAUUGCCAACCUCAAUCAUUCAAAAAUAUAUGAGUUAAACAUCAGAAAUAAUGAAACUACCAUAAGUAACGAUUUGUUUAAAAAACUGCCCAGUUAGGACCUCUUUUUAGUUACCUGUUUGUUUCUGGGCUAAUAGAAUGCACUUGGGUCACAUUUUCAAGCUUUCUCUGCCAUUGUGAAGAGUAACAACUUUCUUUGUUUGAAAUAAAACUUCUACAUAAAUAACUCCAGAAGCUGGGGCUUUAAGAAAACACCACAGAUUCUGAGAAACACGAUAAAAUUGCAAGAGAUGGCAACAUGCCAUGCAAAAUAUGUUGAAACCAAAUGAUUUAUAUGAAAAUUUACUAGAAACAAAAAUGUCAUAAAACUGCACAUGAAAUACAUAUUAGCCUUGGCCUAAGAAUGAGUUUCAGUAGAACUAUGGAAAAAUGGAUUUUAGUUAGCAGGUCAACUUAGAAAGGGAUUCCCCUUAGUUUAAAAAUACUUAAAAAUAAUGAGCUGUACUAAAAUGAUAGAUGGUAAAGAGGUAUAAUAUUAACACAGAGAAUGUCAUACUUAAUGAGUUGAUCACCUGUUUAUUAUGUGGUAGUGACAAUUAUUUAAUUAAAGUUGCAUGAGAACUUCUGUUCUAAUCCCGAUUUUCACUUUUAAAAAAAACUUUUAUGCUCAACUUGUGAGUUGAAAUUUUUUAGUUCAAGGUAAUUCCUUAAUGGGAAGUUUGAGCAGAAACAGUGUGGCCAGUUAUUAAUUGUGAGCAUAACUUUUCCAAAUUAUGAGGGAAAAAAAGUGCAAGGUUUUUUAAGAAAAAAAGUUAAAUAUGGGGAAGCAGUAAUCAUCACUGAAGCAGUGCUCAACCUUGUUCUGGAACAAAUUGGUUUCUGUAUGACCAAAUGUAAAAUUAUGUGCCUAGCUUGUUAAAUAUUAGUUUAAAGGACAAAUUGCUCAGUUGUGUUUUGAUGAUUUGGCUUCACAGUUAGCCCCUUAAAUUGCUGUGAGAUGGUAAGGAGAAAUGGUACUUGAGUACGAGGUCCUGUGCAGAUGUUCACAUGAGGGAUCUAAAGAAGGCCUCCUGUAGAUCUUAUAAUCUCAGCUAUAUCUGUAUGCCUCACUUACUUCUGUGCCUUGCAGGCCCUCAUGAACCCUUGAAUUAGCCUCUUCCUUUAGGCUUUGUUGUUCACUUGGCUGGUGAAGGGUCUUAGCUUUGUCAGAAUAAAUGCUGUGCUUCUGAGGAGCUGAAGAACUUCAGUAGUCCUGAGCUUCUUGUAGCUGUGGAGAUGCAAAGGAGAGUGGCUCCUUCUCAUGUGUUCUAAGAGAUGAGUCUGUGUUAUGUCUAGGCAAGCUGACCUGGCCUGUGUAUGCAGAUAUAUGUGCUCACUGCUCUUGGGAGGGCAGUUUCACUGAAAAGCAGCUCUGAAAAAAAUGUUAUGUGACUAUGUAAUUGUGUGUAUAUGUUAUGGUACAGACUAAAGGAUUAGAUUUAAGAUUGAAUGUGAAUCCUUAACAUUAUCAUUUUCUGAUUGUUUUUGACUGCUUAAACAUGGGACCUUAAUGCCUUAUAUGAAUGCCAUUGUUACAGUGCUAAAACUUGCCCUUAAUUAAAAAAAAAAAUUAUAUCAUAACUUCCAGUUUGGUUGAGAAAAUUUAAAUCUAAAGAAGAGUUUAUACUCUGAUAGUAUUGGGGACAGUAUUGUUGUGUAGGAGCUAAAUAAAAAGGUGAGACCUGAACUGUGUCUAAAUUGUUACAUUUAGAAGAACCAUUUCUAGACAGAAAAUUUUAUCACAUUGUCUAGAUUAGUACAUUUGCACUAACAUUCCCCCCUACACCCCUGGCCAGAUACAGACCAUGUGGUUCGUUUUGGUCUGGAUCUAGACUGCAAGGAGCAUAGUGGACCAGAUCCAAAACCACCUCUGGUGGCAAGGCAGACAGCAGCUGUGUUAACUGUUGUGGGUGCCCCAGUCACUGUGUUGGCUGAGGGAGGUGUGGGGAUUAAUUUAACCAUUGCUUGCUCUACAGCUACUGAAACAUAUCUCUAAUAGGAUUCUGUACACUAAUAUUUGGUAGUGGACUCCACCUCUACAUGCCACAUCCCAACAUUUCCAGCCCCUCCAAACUGGAUGACAGCUCCAUGGGCUGGAUCACUGACACCUUAGUACUGAAGUGUUAUACAACAGAAAUUGUUACAACAGUAUUGUUUAUUAUAAAGAUCAAUUGCAAUCUGUGGAUUUAGGAGCAUUUGUCAGAAUAUGAGGUCCCUUAAAAUAAAAAGUCUUGUCUUGUAGUACAGAGAGUGUGUUUCCAGACAGCAGACUGGAUUCUCCACUGUGUCUUGUCCUUUCUGAAUGACAGGGCAGUGGUUUUCAACCUUUUUUCAUUUGCAAACCCCUAAAAAAUGUUGAAUGGAGGUACAGACCUCCUUGAAUUGUAAAUGUGGGUAUUCAUGUACUUUUAAUUGACCAUAGUUAUCUUUUGUGGAUCUCUUAGACAUAGUCGGCAGACCCCCAGGGGUCCGCAGGCCACAGGUUGAAAACAACUGUACUAGGGCUAAGGGAUCUUAAACCAUUGAGCCAGUAUAGCUAGGUGUACAGUAGCACUCCACAAAGAGGGCAUGACUGCCUCAUGGCUGCUAGGAGGAGUUGGUAGCUUGCUCAGCUUUUCUAGGGACUGGGGGUACAAGAAAGGAGAUAGAUCCAGAAUUGGAGUCAGAUAGCUGUACUUAGUUCUUUGUAAUACCCCUCCUCAGCAUUGCUUAUCACUUUAAUUUGGCAUAGCUAAGAAUCUAGAUCCCAGUUAGCUAAUGAGAACUCUCAGCCAGAUGGGGAGUACCUGGUCCCUAUGGGCUGGAUCCACCUGGUGGACACAAUCUGGCCCCUGGGCAGGUGCAGCAGGGACCCAUCCAGCUCUGUCGGGCAGGGGGCCAAAGCUCAGCUCUGCAGAAGGGAAGGGGGCAUGGCCUGGCCCCAAACCAGCAUUCAAUGGGAGGGAGCAUGGACCAGUCCCAGCCAGGCAGAAGGAAGGGGGUGUGGCCCAGACCCAUGGUGGGGAGAGGGGAGGGAAGGGGCCAGCCCCAAACCAGCUGUGCGUAGGGAAGGGGGCAUGGCCUGGUCCCAACCCAGCCACACACAGGGAAGGGGAUUGUUUGACCUUGAUCCAGCCAUGCAGGGUGAGGGUUGUAGUCUGGCUCCAACCCACUGCAGGACACUUGAGAUUUUGGCUGGCAAUGGGAGGAGUGGCAGUAUUAACUCCUCUGCCACCAAAUUUCCUGACCCUUUGGGAGUGCUGUGGGCUGGAUUCCAAGGCUACACAGGCCACAUUUGGCCCAUGGGACAGAAGUUAAGCACCUCUGCCUUAAUGGGUUGUUUAUAUUAAUCCUAAUUGUAAAUACUUUGGAUGCCACUUGCAAAUGCAUUUCACAUCUGAAUGAUGUAUAGAACUAAAGACUAAGGUUGUGCAAAGGUUCUGUCCCUGAUUCCAUUCGGCGAAGAUUCAGCAUGAUUCGAUGGCUGAAUCUCUGAAUCUGAAUCGAAUCAGAGGACUCUUUAAUCUCUGUGAAUUGAAUGAGAA